AUGAGUCUAGAAGCUAAAACUCAGUGGAAAUGCUCAGAGUGCAUAAGCAAGCAACUAAAAACAGGCAACUUAGAUAUACCAAUUCACUCUAUUAAUCACUCCAAGAUAGGUGACAAAGAUAAACCCGAGUAUCUAUCUCAAGAUUGUAAUGUAACUGUGCGAAGAAAUCGUUCAGUAGACUCACAACUUUCUCAAGAAAAAUUCAAAGAAAUCCUAAAAAAAGAAUUGACAACGGAAAUUGAGGCCAUGCUUGUCAAUACAUCAAAUCAGCUGAAGGAUAUAAAUAGUCGCUUUGUCGAACUUCAAGAGUCUAUGACUUAUAUUUCUGGACAAUAUGAUGACUUAAAAAAACACCUAGACUCCACCACAUUGGAUUUGAAUGAGAACAAAUUCCUCAAAGAACAAUUAAAUCACCUCACAACUCGUGUGAAGACUGGAAGACGAUAA